GCCUCUCCCGACAUUAACCCUCCUCCACCCAUUUUCCUUUCCUCGAUCGCUGCAGACAGCACCCCCUCUCCCUCACCAGUCACCAAACCCAGAGGCGCCGACUUCUCGACAAUUCCUCAGGGUGUCCACAUUGCACCACCUGGACGGCCAACAACAGCGUUCGACCUCAGACGAUACGACCAGCUGCUUCCCGAUCAGAGCAGUCUACUCUUUCGACCGCCAACCCUGCGCCUGUCGAAAUCCCAAAGAGGGCUGAAGCCAACCCUAGGAACCUGAGGAUUGGUAUUGGUCACGGACAAACCCGACGUCGCCGGAUUGUACUGCACAGAAAGUUGUCUUGUGCCUGACCUGGACGACUUUCCACCGACUUCCACACGCCGCCGUUGCUGUCCUUAGCCGACGACGACAAAGGGAGAAAGCAGCAUUGUCUUUGACUUGAACGCGGACACCUGGCACUGCUAUUCAUCAGCAACUCAACAGCACUGUCAGGCUGAAAAGAGGCGACCCGAACACCUGUGACAGUUCACGACUCGACUCCAACAUAUCUCCUUCAAUUCAUUCAUUUCGAUCAAUUCUCGCCCGUCAAGCCUCCUUGUCCUGGCACGAUAUCGAAACAGUUGAACGACCUGUUCUUAACCUACGCCAAGCAUCACGAACACUUCAAUUCACAGUCGCUCCUUGACAAUAUUACCACCUUGAAACCCAUCACGAUAACGAAACUGGACGCUUAGCUUGAGCUGCCGUCUCCCGCAUUUUACUCGCUGCGUAUUGUGUACCUGAUCAGCUCCACUUGCGAACCGACUCUAUUCUUGGACCCCCUUUUUACUCUUCAACCUCAAAUGUCCAACGUUGCUUGAUAGACACCAGCUCUAUACCAACAUCGAAGGCGACAUUUGCUGACGACCCGGUGCGGUUUCUCCUAUGCCAUCAUACGGCUCGCUGCAUUCUCCAUCCCUGCGCAAAAUGGAACACUCAAGAGGACAGUACGGAGGUGGUAGGAAAGGCAUGAGCUUGGGGAACGUCAUUGGUGACCCUUUUGCAUUGGCGACGAUAUCAAUUGCCGGCCUCGCAUGGCUCAUUGCUUUCAUCGCAUCCAUUGUGGCCCAGAUCCAGACAACCCAGGGUUUCCCGACCUACACAUGGUGGACAGUCGUUUUCUACUUCUUCUUGAUUCCGGGUGUCUUCGUUGUCGUUGCCUCGGACACCAUCCAGACUUAUCAUGUUGCGCUUGUCGGUUACAUGGCCUGCGGUCUGGUCCUGACGACUUCGUCUGUCAACGGACUGGUUUACUCGACAAACGGCGCUAAGGAAGCUGCUGCGGCUGGUUUCAUCCUAUUGUCCAUGGUCACGAUCGUCUGGAUCUUUUACUUCGGAUCCGCGCCCUCGGCCAUGCCCCGCGCCUACCUGGACUCGUUCGCCUUGAGCAAGGAGUCAACGAGCAACAACCGUCAGACCAUGACCGGCGGUGGCUACGGCAUCGGCCGCCCUGAGACCUCAACAUCGGUCCAGCCGCCACAGAUGUACACGUCGGCGCAACUGAACGGCUUCGAGAACCCCUCGCCUGUCAAUGGCAUGCGCAACUCUGGUGCACCACCAAGCGGCUUCCCAACAACACCCGGCCCAGCAAGCGGCCUGCCCAAGACGACCACGCCACCCGCGGGCGGUGCGGCGGAUGCGGAGAUAGUACCCCCGACCGAGUACCCGUACCGCGCCAAGGCCAUCUACACGUACGAGGCCAACCCCGACGACGCUAAUGAAAUCAGCUUCUCGAAGCACGAGAUAUUGGAGGUCAGCGACGUCAGCGGGAGGUGGUGGCAAGCGAGGAAAGAGACUGGUGAAACUGGUAUUGCGCCAAGUAACUACCUUAUUUUGCUAUGAGGCGGUCGCUGCACUCGCUUCCUGCAGUUUGAUUUUAUCACACUAUCGAAUGUGAUGGAGUCCCUACAAACCUUCUCCGCCCUUAUCCACCUAAAUCACCAACAUUUAAUCCGAAUUUGAUGACGAAUGACGAUACCUUCGGGGCAUUCCAUUUGCAUUGGCCCCCGUCCACUCGCUUCUUUGAUUCGACGAGCCGAGAAUGGCGGACUGAACGAAGCUCAGGAUCACCACAUGGUAUCCUUAUUGACACUCUACGAGUCCACCAUACUUGGUUCAUUGUGCACCACAACUGCUGUUAUCACAUGACGUGCUGCAAGUGGUUUCCUACUUUAACCUUCUACAUCGUCCCUGGGAAUGCAUACGGCGUUUGGUUCAGCUUCUAGUCACGCACCUCGACUUUCUGGGGUUUAUUACUGCAGCAUGGCUUUGAUCGCGCAGCCACACAUGAACAUAUAGCGCUUUUCAUGGCCCUUUUUAAAAAAAAACUUUGGGGAGUUGGAAUUUCCUGGACCCCCAGGUUUACUCUUGAUAGGAUAUCGGGUAGUUGCUACAUCCCCCCAGAGCAUGUAAAGUUUAUACAUGUGGACCUGCGCGGGUCGAAAAAAGGAUGGCAAAAAAGCACCGACUCUCUUCUUUGGUAUCUUUUGUCCAAGGAACAUAUUUUUUUGAUGUUCUUGGACCUUGCUUGCUGGGAUAGAUGUCACGGCUUCGUCCGGUUGUUUUCUUUUUUCCGCUCGGUUUGGGAUCUUGUCUCGUUCUCUUUCUCGAUCUCUUUUUUUGACUCAGUUAUGUUACUUGCUUAUUCCAUUCUUAUACUCCUGUCACAAUAUUUUUUGAUCAAAAUCCCCCUUUUUUUCUCUUUUGUCUAAACUAUUCUUUUCUUGAUUCUCACAAACGCGAUCUCUUUUGUUGUUAUUUUUAUCCGUUAAAUAAGUCAUGGAAUGAAAUAUGCCCAUAACGUGAACAUUUUGCGUUGCUCCA